AUGUCUGUCGCCUCUAGAAACGAGAGCCUCGAGCUCGGGCAGGCCAACAAGGCUCCCGUCACGGUCGAUCAUGGCGUCACGACCGAGAACGACAACAACUCGGUCUACAACCAGACUCGGACGCGCAAGGUCUUUUCCUUUUCGCAGCUGUUUGCCUUUUCCCUGACCUACAUGGCACUAUGGGAGGGCAUGUGCUCAAACAUGUACUUUGCCCUCUUCAAUGGCGGCCCCCAGACCUUCAUCUUUAGCUUCAUCAUCGUCUUUUUCGGCGCCAUCUCCCAGGCUGCUUCCCUGGGAGAGAUGGCCUCGAUCCAGCCUGUUGCUGGUGCGCAGUACCAUUGGACAUAUCACCUUGCCCCCUCAUCCGUCAAGAGAUUUGCGACAUGGAUUCAAGGAUGGGCCACAUGGUUUGGUUACGUCUCUCUGCUUGCCGCCAUCGCCAAUGUCACCAUCAUCCUGCUCGAGUCCAUGAUUGCCCUCAACCACCCCAACUACGUCGCCGGUGGAUGGCACACCUCUGUCCUGGUCAUCGCCAUGUGCCUUGUCCACGGCUUCUUGAACAUCUACGCCUUCAAGCUGAUUCCCUGGAUUGAGCUUGUCGCCGGCGUCCUCCAUGUCUGCCUGUUUGUCAUCUUUGUCGUUGUGCUUGUCGUCAUGGGCCCUCGCAACCCCUCGUCCUUCUGGCUGUCGCGAAACAUCUCGUCUGGCUGGGAGAAUACCUACGUCGCCUGGAACCUCGGAAUGCUCACCUGCGUCUGGAGUUUCACUGGCUUCGACAGUGCCAUCCACAUGAGUGAGGAGACCCGAAAGGCCAAGUCGGCUGUCCCCCGCGCCAUGUUCUGGUCCAUCUUCAUGAACGGUGUCCUUGGCUUCGUCAUGGUCAACGUCCUCAUCUCUGCUAUGGGCUCCGUCGAGGACAUGCUCAACGAGGCCAGCCCUAUCCUCGCCAUCAUCAUGUCCGUCACCGGCUCCGAGAAGGCCACUACUGCCAUGAUCACUGGCCUGUUUGUCAUCUCCUUCAGUGUCAACCUGGCCAACAUUGCUUCCGUGUCUCGACUGACCUGGGCUUGGGCUCGUGACGGUGGUAUGCCCGCCUACUUUGCCUACGUCAGCCCUAACCACCGAGUGCCCACUCGAUCCAUCAUCUUCACCGUCUUCCUCGUCUGCGCUCUGAACCUCCUCAACAUUGGCAGCUCCUCCUACGUUGCCUUCGGUGCCAUUACCUCCCUCUCCUCCAUGGCCCUCUACAUCUCCUACGCCAUCGCCAUCAGCAGCAUGCUCUACGUCCGCUUCAGCGGCAACACCAUCAAGGUGGGCGAGUGGAACCUCGGCGCGUACGGUAUCUACGUCAACUCGUUCGCCCUCAUCUACACCCUCUAUGUCAUCAUCUUCCUCCCCUUCCCCUCAACGAUUCCCGUCACCGCCGAGAACAUGAACUACUGCGGCCCCGUCAUGGUUGCCGUCCUGGUCAUUGCUGUUGGCCUGUGGUUCGCCCGUGCUAGAAAGCACUGGAGCGGUCCCAACCUCACCAUUCUUGACUUUGUCGUUGCCAACGCCAAUGCGUAG